AUGAUGGAUACGAACUAAUCCUAAAAGCUAUUCCCAUAGAAUAUACAAUAAAAUUAGAUUUUCAAAAACUCUAAAAUCAACAUUGAUCCUUAAAUAGAUAAUGGGAUUCUACAAUAAUUAGGAGCUAGCGGUAUUAAUGGAUAGUCUGUACAAGCAGGGGCAAAUGGAAUGUAUGGCAGCAUGAAUACAACUAUAUUGAAUUCUUAAAAUUUAGGGAUUGGAUAAAACUAAAAUAACAAUUCUAGUUAACCAGGUAGUGGAAGCAAGUAAUAGCAAUUACUUAAUUUAAAUGGAAAUCAGUAUGGAAAUUUAAUAGGAAAUAUAAAUUAAUAAAAUAAUGGAUUUAGCAAUUUCGGUUAUUAGUUUAUGGAAAAUGGAUUAAGCGGCUUAGGAGGAAAUUUGCAGAAUGGAUAACAGUAAGGAAAAUAAAUAGGCAUAAAUCAAAGUAAUUUUACCAACAAACCUAAUAAUAACAAUACAAAUAAUUAAUAACUAAAUUUUAAUGGAAUGAGCAUUGAUAAAAAUGAGAAUGAAAUUAGCUAGGCUAAAGGAAUGUUCUCAACUUAGUUUAAAAAUAUGUUAAACUAGCAACAGAACUAAAAUAUGAUAAUAGAACCCAAUUAAACUUUUUUAAUGAAUCGAAAUCCUUAAUCGACUAUAGGCUUAGAUUAAAUUCAAUUACAAUAAGAAAUGAUGAAAAAUAGUGGUAAUUAAUUGGAAGGUAGCCACAAUUUCUCUAAUUCUAAAUAAAACUAAAUGUAAAGCUCACAAAAUAGCAAUAAUGGAUUAAAUACUUUCUUUACAACUUAAAAUAAUACUUCACCAUUUACUCUUGGAUAUGAACAACAAAACUAAUAACAUCAAUAGAAAUUAUUGAUUUUAUAAUAAUAGUAAUAGCAAUUUUUUCAAGAGUAACUGAAAUAGCCUAGCUUGAUUUCGCUACAACAAUUUCGUAAAGCAAAUAAUAUUGGUAGUAAUAUAGCUGGAUAAAACAGCAAUUAAAGUAAAAAAAAAUCAAUUGUAAACGAUAUCCUACAUGAUGUUAGUGAUGUAGAGUCUGAUGUCGAAGACAAAAAGUAAUUAAGUGAAUCAAAUAUUAUUACAAAUCAAGCUGAUGAUUUUUUAGAAUAAAUGAAAUAAUUCUAUCAUUAAGAAUAAAAAGAAGAAAAAAAAAUGAAAAGAGAAAACGUAUCUGCUCUAAAAUAAGAAAAUCUGUAAUUGUAUUUAGAAAAUAUGAAGUCUAAAUUUAAAUCGGCUAUUCAAAUAUUUGAAAAAAAUUGUGAAUCUUUGGUUUAUGCUAUUAGUUAGGUGCAAAUCUAUACAGCUUUUGUUUAAAAUAAUACAAUUUCUGAGAAAAGCUUAGACAGGCAAGAUUCUAAUUAAACAGGGGAUAAAAAUGAAUCAGCUAAAAGUCUAAAGUAAAUGUCUAACUAUGAUAAAGUUUUUAGUGCUUGGGAAAAUAUAAACGAUAUUACUCAAAAUAAUUUUUUAAAAAUAGAAAAUGUAUUAAAGCUCUCUCUUGAAGAUGCAAUUUGGAACUUUAACAUUUCAUAUAAUUCACAGCAAAUCAAUGAAAAAAAACCAAAAUUAAAUGAAUUUGCAAUUAAAAAAAUAUUUGAUGAAAUUUAUGAAUUUUCUUAAUCUGAAAGCGAAGUACCUAGAGCUCUGGAAGUUUUAGCAUAACUAAAAUAAGAUUAAUUCAACUAGUUAAUAUAAAAUAAUGAUUUAGUUAAGAAUAUUAUUGAUUAAUCUUCUGACUACAUAUUUAAAAUUGUAGAAGAUCCUAUUUUGGAAACUAUUUAUUUUGGCUAUAUGCACAAAAAAUCAAACACAAAAUAAGGAAGAGGAAUCUUAGUCACAAGAGACUAAAAUACCUUUUAAGGAUAUUUUGAUAAUAAUAAGCCAUUUGGGCCAGGGAGAAUUAUUUAUUCUUCAGGAAAUAUCUACGAAGGAAACUUCGAAUAUGGGCUUUAGCAUGGCAAAGGCAAAUAUUCUUGGGCGAAUGGAGAUGUGUAUGAAGGAAACUAUGAAAAAGGAAAAAGAUCAGGAAGAGGAAAAUUUAUGUGGAAAGAUGGAAGAAUAUAUGAAGGUUAUCUGAUAAAUGAUAAUGCAAAUGGAUUUGGAGAAUAUACAAAUUGCAUUUAUUCAUCAAACAAAAAUUCAAAUAACCCAUACUGCUUCGAGAUUUAUAAAGGAAAUUGGAAAAAUAAUAAAAUGGAUGGCAAAGGAAUAUUGUUUGUGGGAGUGCAAGCAGAGUGGAAAGAAAACAACUUAUUAAAAAUCAAUUAAAUUGCCUCUUCUUGA